CAUCAGAGUGAAAAAUAAAGUUACACUACUGAGCUUUGGCUGAUAAGAUAAUACAUAUUUCAGUGGAUGGGCAGGGGGAAAGGAGCCCCAACUUCUACUGUUGACCAACUUCAAGAUGCAAAGAAUACUCAACCAAUCACCAUCCAAGUCAUCCUCACUACCACCAACCAGCUCACCAACAUACUCCCAACAACAGCACCACAGACAGGAUAACAGGCUCAGACAGCCAGAGAACAACCAACAGUCAGAUCGAAACCGCUCACUCCAACAAGAACCUACCAGCACGAAUCGAUCGCCAAGCAGGACCAAGAAUCCCCAGGAUCAGGAUGACUCGAGCAGCAACAUGAACAUGAUCUGGAUCAACACGAUGAAGAAGAGACAUCGCCUACUCCAACGACUCAGUCUACCCCCCCAAGACUCCUCCAGUCGACCAGCAUCCACCAAUACUCACAACAGCCCAGACUCAUCCGACAAGGAUCGCGAUUCGGACUCCAACUCGACCCCUAAACGCGCCCCCUGCUCAACCACUACUCUCGACUCGGCCAACAAGAUCCUUAUCGCCCCCUUGGUCCCUCCACUCGGUUUCGCGAUGGUAGCUCCCGGCGUCUAUCGUUCAGGACAUCCGAAUCAUUGCAACUUCGCUUUCCUCGAUGGUCUUCAACUCAAAUCAAUCAUGUACAUUUGCGUGGACUCAUAUCGACCCCAUACGUUCAAUUGGGCCCAGGACAGAGGACUCAAGAUCUUCCAUUACCGGAUUGAUUCGUACAAGCAGCCACACAGCGCGACGAGUGAUCCGACCGAAAGAGGGAUCUAUGCAUCCGCCCUCGAGCAGAUCCUCGACCGGCGCAACCUGCCCAUCCUCGUGCAUUGCAACAAGGGCAAGCAUCGGGUGGGCACGCUCAGCGCAUUGCUCAGGAUCAUCCAGGGCUGGGACACCGUCGCAGUCCGGGCCGAGUGGGACAAGUUCCUCGGCGAAGGCGCUCCUCCCGGGAAAAAUAUGAUCUGGAGCCCCGGCUUGGUCUUCAUCAAUAACAACCAUAACAAUACCUGCAUCCAAAACCAUCCGGUCGUUCCCGCCCGGGCCUCAGAACCACUCCUCUCACUCGACGCACUCGGCCCUCCUCCUCAGUUAUCCACCCCUACAAAACCUUCUUCUUCUUCUUCUUCUCAACCCCAAAAAAUCAAAAAUAAGGUCGCUGAUGGCUUGGCACGCAUCAGCGAAUGGGAGUAUGUCGAACAGUUCCCUAUCGAACUUAUUCAGGUCGAUCCUGCUUGGAUCCCCUCCUGGUUACCUAUUGAAUCAAUCCAAAAAUGAUAGUAGCUUCAUCUGUCCUACCAUCACUUUACCAGGCUAUCUUUUUUUUUGAAAAAAUGGACAGUUCAAAUCACAUUACUAUUCUCUUUUGAGUUUAGUUGUAUAAUAGACAUUGUAAAUCACAUUGAUAAUUCU